GGCGGCAAUAACUGAUAAUAAUAUGCGUCCAUUUCAAUCGUGGAAGAAGAUGGAAACCUCUUCAUCUUAUAAAUAAUAAUAUUAAUAAAAGAAAAAGUGUUGUGUUUGACUGGGUUGGUUCCUGCCAAUUUUAAGGAGCAUGACGUUGCCGUGCAAAAUCAGGACACACCGAGCUAUCGUGUCGGAGUUUGAGUGAUGGCGAGUGCUUUGGAGUCGCCGGUGAAGUGGUUUGCCGUCAGGCAGCGUGCUCUUUUUUGUUUGUCCUAUUCUUUUUUUUUUCCCUUGUCUGCUCAUCUAGCCCAUUCGCUAUUCAAAAUACCAUUCAGUAGAGCAUCAUGUCCGGGGCUAAUCAACGUAUCAGCAUUUUCCCAACUCGAAUGGCAUUGACCACCAUGAAGUCCAAGUUGAAGGGUGCUCAAACGGGUCAUUCGCUCCUCAAACGUAAAGCCGAGGCACUCACCAAACGUUUCAGAACUAUCACUCAACAAAUUGAUGAGCUUAAACGUAAAAUGGGCCAAGUUAUGCAAGUGGCUUCCUUCUCUCUAGCCGAAGUACAAUACAUCACCGGUGACAUCAGUUAUCAAAUUCAGGAAGCAUCCAAGACGGCUCAACUGCGUGUGCGUGCAAAGCAGGAAAAUGUGUCAGGUGUCAUGUUGCCUGUGUUUGAACAAUAUUCGGAAGGCGGCAAUGCUUUCGAGUUUACCGGUCUCGGACGAGGUGGUCAACAAGUGCAGAAAGCAAAAGAAGUAUAUGUGAAAGCAGUAGAAACCUUGGUGGAACUGGCCAGUUUACAGACGGCCUUUGUGAUUCUAGAUGAAGUCAUCAAGGCCACCAACCGCCGUGUGAACGCUAUCGAGCAUGUCAUCAUUCCACGUUACGAGAAUACCAUUAAAUAUAUCAUUUCGGAACUGGAUGAGCAGGACAGAGAAGAGUUCUUCCGCUUGAAGAAGGUGCAAGGCAAGAAGAAGGAUCGUGCAGCUGCUGAAGAAGCAUCAAGAGUCUUGGCUACGGUUGAAGCGGCUCGUCAAUUGGAAGAAGUUCCAGAAUUCCAUGCUGCGCACGAAACCGGCCAGUUGGAUGUUUUGGAUCAAGAGGAUGAAGAUGUUAUUUUCUAAGGAAUACAUUUUAAACAUGAAGAAAGUAGCGUUUUUCGGCCUGCAUUGAAUUUCUAUUUUUUGACCUUUUUCCUUUCUGAGCUUGAUGAUGAGAACGUGCUUGCUUAGUU